AUGUCAGCUUCAAAUAUUUUGUUGGGUUUGCUGAACGUUGUCACAGUGGUUGUUUUCUUCGACCUGCCCACCUUGAGCGUGUACAACACGUUAAUAAUAGGCACCGAAUACGACUACAUAAUAGUUGGUGCAGGCUCAGCCGGCUGCGCAUUGGCCAAUAGACUCUCAGCUGAUCGUAGCAAGACUGUCCUCCUACUGGAAGCCGGCGGCCUCGAAGACGAAGCUGUCCAGGUGCCCUUCUUCGCACCUUUGCUGCAGCGCACAUCGCUCGACUGGCAAUACUCCAGUGUUCCACAGCAAAACAGCAGCUAUCUAUACGACGGAAACGUGAACCGCUUUCCCAGAGGAAAAGUCCUGGGAGGAUCAAGCUCAAUAAACUACAUCAUUUACUCCAGGGGCGACAAACGAGAUUAUGACGCGUGGAACUCCACAUACGGCGCCACCGGAUGGUCUUACGACGAAGUGCUUCCAUACUUUGUGAACCUCGAGACGUCAUACUUAGGUUACGACAGUGUUAGACGCGGCAGCAGGCAGCGGGACGCCUUCGUGAGUUCAUGGCCCAAGCUACGAUCUCUGCCUCUCGCGUUCCUGAAGCACUGUGGGGUGGUUUUUCAGGGAUCCACCGCUGUUGGCGUCCAGUACAAUCGCUACUUGAUGACGCGUACCGUGAAAGCGAGACGUGAAGUCAUCCUCUGUGCCGGCGCUAUAGGAUCGACACAAAUUCUACUGCUUUCUGGCAUAGGACCAAAGGAUGACCUUCAAGCACUAGGGAUUAAUGUUUUCGCAGAUCUACCGGUUGGUCAAUAUUUACAGGAUCAUUUAACAGUGAACGGUGUCGCAGCCACUGCCAAGGAAAAUAUUAUCAUAAAUUACUACGAUCCUAUCAUUAUACCUCAAUACGCGUUUACAAGAACAGGUGUACUCAGCCGUCCUUUCGGAGUCGAGUGCGUGGCGUUUCUAAGCACACCUCAAGCAGAUCCCCAAUAUCCGGACAUUCAGUUUCUUCUUUCAACCCUGAAUCCAACAACGUCGGAGGCUGAGUACAUCGCAAGGGAGAUUGGCAUAUCCCAAGUGAUGUUGGACGGCUAUUACAAGCAAAAACGCGGCCAGUACGUCUUCCAGAUAAUACCCAUUCUUCUACGACCAAAAUCAACCGGCACCAUCAAACUGAAGAGCACCGAUCCUGCGGAAUAUCCUAUCAUUGACCCUAAGUUCCUCUCAAAACAGGAAGACAUAGAUGUCGCUGUAGCUGGUGCCCGUUUAGCUGUACAGACAUUCCAGACCGAAGCAAUGAAGAAAGUCAACGUGACGCUCUUCGACAUCCCUGUUCCUGGCUGCGAGACGGCAGGUGCACUGUGGAGCGACUCGUACCUGCGUUGCCUCGUCCGUCAGACGGCGCACAGCGGAUGGCAUCCGUGCUGCACAGCGCCCAUGGGGACGCACCCCGCUGCAGUGCUGGACGCCAGGCUCAGGGUUCGUUCUGUAAGCAGACUUCGCGUAGCCGAUGCCUCGUCGAUGCCAAUGGAGUUGUCCGGCAACCUCAACAUUCCCAUGAUGAUGCUCGGAACGAAGGCUGCCGCUAUGAUAAUUGAAGAUAACGCUUGA